AUGUCUCAGCUUAAUCUUUUACUAAUUUGGUUACUCUUCUUAAUUCUCUGUCUUCAUUCAUGUCCUACUUAUGCCCAAUUAAGUCGACACCACUACAAAAACUCCUGUCCCAAUGUUGAAAGCAUUGUCAGAGAAGCUGUCAAGAAGAAAUUUCAUCAAACAUUUACAACAAUUCCUUCUACGCUUCGUCUCUUCUUCCAUGAUUGCUUUGUUCAGGGUUGUGAUGGUUCUGUUCUUGUGUCAUCUACCCCACAUAACAGAGCAGAGAGGGAUCAUCCUGAUAAUCUUUCUUUGGCUGGAGAUGGAUUUGAUACGGUUAUCAAAGCUAAAGAAGCUGUGGAUGCUGUUCCUUUGUGCAGGAAUAAAGUUUCAUGUGCUGAUAUUUUAGCCAUGGCUACCCGUGAUGUUGUUGCAUUGGCGGGUGGACCUUACUAUGAGGUUGAAUUAGGAAGAUUUGAUGGUCUAAGAUCUAAAGAUUCAGAUGUUAAUGGGAGGCUUCCUGAGCCUGGAUUCAACUUGAAUCAGCUUAAUUCUCUUUUUGCAAGGAACGGGCUUACACAAACAGAAAUGAUUGCACUUUCAGGUGCACACACUGUUGGUUUCUCACACUGCAACAAAUUCUCCAACAGAGUCUACAAUUUCAACUCAAAAUCUCGAGUAGACCCUACACUCGACCUACAUUACGCAACAAAACUAAAAUCAAUGUGUCCAAGAAACGUUGAUCCGAGGGUUGCAAUUGACAUGGAUCCAGUAACUCCACAUGCUUUUGAUAAUGUUUACUUCAAGAAUCUUCAAAAGGGAAAGGGAUUGUUCACUUCAGAUCAAGUUUUGUUCACGGAUUCAAGGUCUAAGAAUGCAGUGAAUGCUUUUGCUAGUAGUAAUAAAAUAUUUCGUGCUAACUUUGUUGCUGCCAUGACUAAAUUGGGGAGAGUUGGUGUUAAGAAUUCGCAGAAUGGGAAUAUUCGUACAGAUUGUUCAGUGAUUUGA